AUAGAGCUGAGCACUCCGAUUGGGAGUCAUUUGAAACGCGUCCAUGAUGGGUCUACUGUUGCUGUUUUCGCUGUUGUUUAUUUCAUGCAUUGUUCUGGCUACUAAUGGCCAAUAUAAUGAUGAGCACAUGUCUAGCGGAGUAUCACACCAACAUGCUUUAGGGGACAAACAAGCGGCGGGGAAAGCAAUGUUGCCUGCUCCUUAUUCAAUCGGCGAAAGCAAUGUGAGGAAAAAGAGUGAAACCGAGUCCAAAGAAGUGGGAUUAAAGGCUAGACAUGCUUCUAAGAAGUCACAUCGGCCGGCUGGUGGAGGUAGUACCAUACAUGUUCUCCAAGGGCCGCAUCAUGUUAAUAAUAGAAAUUAUGGGCUACGUCGAACAAAUGGCAAACGUGUUGAAAGUCGCAUUAGAUCUAUCAGCAGAGAUAGUCACAGACAGGAUAAUAGAAAAGCUGGCAGUGCACUUCACGAAGAUAGGGGUAGCAAUCGUGAUGUUUUUUCAGGUACGAGAAGGCGCAGUCGAAAUGGUCCCACAGAAAGUAUAAGAAAUAAAUGAACUGAACACAGAGCUGGCGGCGUUACUGAAGAGGAAACCAAGAAAACCCAACCCAUAAUCUGGCCGCGUGAGAAAUGGCCUAUUAGAAGGCGAAUUUAAUAAUAGUGCGACAUCUAAUUAUGUUGUCAAUACGUCAACCCGUGAAAAGCCGUCGUAAACAAUUCAUAACUAAUAUAUUUUUGUUUAAAUAAUUUGUAUACCCUUUCUAAAAUGAGCAAUAAAAGGCAUAACUAAAUAA